AGAGGCAGAGAGCCGAGAGAGGAGGACCAGACGCCCAGGUCGCCUGCAUCCCUGUGCCGCAGGAGCGAGCAAGCGCGCCCCGGCCCUGCUCCCCAGCCUUCGCCCGGGCGCCCCACCUGCUUCCUCGGUCCCAGAGACCGAGCACCUGUCCUCCGCCUCGGCUUCAGCUGAGCCCCCCUCCUCCGGAGCGCGCACAGCCCUGCUGCCCGAGAAGUGCCCCAGCCUGUCGCCGGCGACCACCAUGGCGGAGACCAACAACGAAUGCAGCAUCAAGGUGCUCUGCCGAUUUCGGCCCCUGAACCAGGCCGAGAUUCUGCGGGGAGACAAGUUCAUCCCAAUUUUCCAAGGGGACGACAGCGUCGUUAUUGGGGGGAAGCCAUAUGUCUUUGACCGGGUGUUCCCUCCAAACACGACCCAGGAGCAAGUUUAUCAUGCAUGCGCCAUGCAGAUUGUUAAAGAUGUCCUUGCUGGCUACAAUGGCACCAUUUUUGCUUAUGGACAGACAUCCUCAGGGAAAACACAUACCAUGGAGGGAAAGCUGCAUGACCCUCAGCUGAUGGGAAUCAUUCCUCGAAUUGCCCGAGACAUCUUUAACCACAUUUACUCCAUGGAUGAAAACCUUGAGUUCCACAUCAAGGUUUCUUACUUUGAGAUUUACCUGGACAAAAUUCGUGACCUUCUGGAUGUGACCAAGACAAAUCUAUCUGUGCAUGAGGACAAGAAUCGGGUGCCAUUUGUCAAGGGUUGUACUGAACGCUUUGUGUCCAGCCCAGAGGAGAUUUUAGAUGUGAUUGAUGAGGGGAAAUCAAAUCGUCACGUGGCUGUCACCAACAUGAACGAACACAGCUCUCGGAGCCACAGCAUCUUCCUCAUCAACAUCAAGCAGGAGAACAUGGAGACCGAGCAGAAGCUCAGUGGGAAGCUGUAUCUAGUGGACCUGGCAGGGAGCGAGAAGGUCAGCAAGACCGGAGCAGAGGGAGCCGUGUUGGACGAAGCAAAAAAUAUCAACAAGUCACUGUCAGCCCUCGGGAACGUCAUCUCCGCGCUGGCUGAGGGCACAAAAAGCUACGUUCCCUAUCGUGACAGCAAAAUGACACGGAUCCUCCAGGACUCUCUGGGAGGAAACUGCCGGACAACUAUGUUCAUCUGCUGCUCACCGUCCAGCUACAAUGAUGCGGAGACCAAGUCCACCCUGAUGUUUGGGCAGCGGGCAAAGACCAUUAAGAACACUGCCUCGGUGAAUCUGGAGUUGACUGCUGAGCAGUGGAAGAAGAAAUAUGAGAAGGAGAAAGAGAAGACAAAAGCUCAGAAAGAGACGAUCGCAAAGCUGGAGGCUGAGCUGAGCCGGUGGCGCAGCGGAGAGAACGUGCCUGAGACAGAGCGCCUGGCUGGGGACGACGCAGCCCUGGGAGCGGAGCUCUGUGAGGAGACUCCUGUGAAUGACAACUCGUCCAUCGUGGUGCGCAUCGCGCCUGAGGAGAGGCAGAAAUACGAGGAGGAGAUCCGCCGCCUCUAUAAGCAGCUCGAUGACAAGGAUGAUGAGAUCAACCAGCAGAGCCAGCUCAUAGAGAAGCUUAAGCAGCAGAUGCUGGACCAGGAAGAGCUGUUGGUGUCCACCCGAGGAGACAAUGAAAAAGUCCAGCGGGAGCUGAGCCACCUGCAGUCAGAGAAUGACGCUGCUAAGGAUGAGGUGAAGGAAGUGCUACAGGCCCUGGAAGAGCUGGCCGUGAACUAUGACCAGAAGUCCCAGGAAGUGGAGGAGAAGAGCCAGCAGAACCAGCUUCUGGUGGAUGAGCUAUCUCAGAAGGUGGCCACCAUGCUGUCCCUGGAGUCUGAGUUGCAGCGGCUACAGGAGGUCAGUGGACACCAGCGAAAACGCAUUGCUGAGGUGCUGAAUGGGCUGAUGAAGGACCUGAGUGAGUUCAGUGUCAUCGUGGGCAACGGGGAGAUUAAGCUGCCGGUGGAGAUCAGCGGAGCCAUCGAGGAGGAAUUCACGGUGGCCCGACUCUAUAUCAGCAAAAUCAAAUCAGAAGUCAAGUCUGUGGUCAAGCGCUGCCGGCAGCUAGAGAACCUGCAGGUCGAAUGUCAUCGCAAAAUGGAAGUGACUGGGCGGGAACUCUCCUCCUGUCAGCUCCUCAUCUCCCAGCACGAGGCGAAGAUCCGCUCGCUUACAGAGUAUAUGCAGAGCGUGGAGCUAAAGAAGCGGCAUCUGGAAGAGUCCUAUGACUCCCUGAGUGACGAGCUGGCCAAGCUCCAGGCCCAGGAAACUGUGCAUGAAGUGGCCCUGAAGGACAAGGAGCCAGACACACAGGACACAGAUGAAGUGAAGAAGGCCCUGGAGGUGCAGAUGGAGAGUCAUCGGGAGGCCCAUCACCGGCAGCUGGCCCGGCUCCGGGACGAGAUCAAUGAGAAGCAGAAGACUAUCGAUGAGCUCAAAGACCUGAAUCAGAAGCUCCAGUUAGAGCUAGAGAAGCUUCAGGCUGACUACGAGAAGCUGAAGAAUGAAGAGCAUGAGAAGAGCAGCAAACUCCAGGAGCUGACAUUUCUGUAUGAGCGACAUGAACAGUCCAAGCAGGACCUCAAGGGUCUGGAGGAGACAGUUGCCCGGGAACUCCAGACCCUCCACAACCUUCGCAAACUGUUCGUUCAAGACGUCACGACUCGAGUCAAGAAAAGUGCAGAAAUGGAGCCCGAGGACAGUGGGGGGAUUCACUCCCAAAAGCAGAAGAUUUCCUUUCUUGAGAACAACCUGGAACAGCUUACAAAGGUUCACAAACAGGUGGAUGACUGGGUUUCAAAGCUGGUACGUGACAAUGCAGAUCUGCGUUGUGAGCUUCCUAAACUGGAAAAACGACUUAGGGCUACGGCUGAGAGAGUUAAGGCCCUGGAGGGUGCACUGAAGGAGGCCAAGGAGGGCGCCAUGAAGGACAAGCGCCGGUACCAGCAAGAAGUGGACCGCAUCAAGGAGGCCGUUCGGUAUAAGAGCUCCGGCAAGCGGGGCCAUUCUGCUCAGAUUGCCAAACCUGUCCGGCCCGGCCACUACCCAGCAUCUUCACCCACCAACCCCUAUGGCACCCGGAGCCCUGAGUGCAUCAGUUACACCAACAGCCUCUUCCAGAACUACCAGAAUUUGUACCUGCAGGCUGCACCUAGCUCCACCUCCGACAUGUACUUUGCAAACUCCUGUACCAGCAGUGGGGCCACGUCUUCCGGAGGUCCCUUGGCUUCCUACCAGAAGGCCAACAUGGACAAUGGAAAUGCCACAGAUAUCAAUGACAACAGGAGUGACCUGCCAUGCGGCUAUGAGGCUGAGGACCAGGCCAAGCUGUUCCCUCUCCACCAAGAGACGGCAGCCAGCUAAUCUCCCUCACGGACUGCCGCAUACCUGCCGCACUUUCAGUUUCUAAGAGGGACUGAGGCCUCUUCUCUCAGCAUGCUGCAAACCUGUGGUCUCUGAUACUAACAACUCCCUCCCCAGCCCUUGUUGUUUGACUGUACCGUUUGAUGUCUACUCUUACUCUGUAUCUCUUUGUACUCUGUAUCUAUAUAUCAAAAGCUGCUGCUAUGUCUCUCCCUUCUGUCUUACUCUCUAAGUAUCUAAUGAUGUAUUUAGCAAUUUCUAAGCAUAGUAUACCCUCCUCAUUUGGGGUAAUAGGGAGGAGGGUGAAUGUUUCUUCUUUCAAACACGCGUCUCUCACACUGAGUGGUGUUAGUCACGGAGAUGGUAAAAGGAAAAAUGGGAGCUAGAGGGCUGUGAUCCUUCUCUCUCUCUCUCUCUCUCUCUCUCUCUCUCUCACUCACACACACACACACGCACACAUGCACACACGCACACACACGCACACAAAGCCUUAAGCAGAAGAAUGUCUUAGCAUCAUAAGAAGAUACAGAAAUAGACUCUUCCUCCCUCCUCUUUCACGUAUAGCAUAGGGGAGGGUAAAAUGGAAGGACUGCUAAAUUACAUGUAGAAUUUUAUUCAUAUACCCCUCAUCUGAACCGAGGGAGUCCGGGUGUGCAACUCUACCCUCCAAAGUGUACCUUGGGCCUCCCUCUUCCUGUCCCCUGACCCCCCUGUCCCAAUGACCGAGGACAUGGAUUGUUCAAGGGACUAUUUCCCUUUCUCCUCAAAACUCCUUUUGAUAUUCUCUGCCCCAGAACUCAUGAACAGAACCUAGAGUUAACUUAAAAUAUUUUGGGAAUUUGAGGAGGCAGACUCUUCACAACAGUCUAUCAAAUGGUUGCUCAUCUGUCAGGUGAUAGUUAUAGGCAAGCAUAGCCAAUGAUUGCUUCUUUGGGUUUGGGGGGAGGGGGUGAACACACUGGGAAAUUCCAAGUGUUUUUUUGCCACGGUGAGGAGCUGGAUUCUUUUCUCUGUCCCAUAUUGGGCUGCAUGUUCUUCCCAUCUCCACCUUUUGGUUUGGGACCUUCCAGUUCAUUGACAAAAUAUCUAUCUCAAGAUGCUUUCCUUUCAGGCUAGAGCCUCACUUUACCCCAUGGUAUGUCAAAAAAUUUCUCUUGACACAAAUCCUUUGAUAAUAUGUCCCCAUCUGGUACUAAGUGCACUUUAA